AUGCUGGGACGACUUAAAGGUCUUUUCACCUCAACUGCCGUCGACCUAAACUCUUUACGUGCCCCCAUGUCAUCUUGGGCCAUGGCUUACGUCGUCCUGGUCAAAAGCGUCAACUGUACAACCACAAAUAGCCACCUUCGCAUCAGGCACUUCCCACCCUCGCAGAACAAGGGUAUUCUGUCGACGACUGUCGGGUACACAGGUGGCAACCCACUUGUUACCAACCCAAGUUACAAGCUUGUCUGUGGAGGGGCAACAGACCAUGCAGAGGCUGUCAAAAUCGAGUUCGACCCAAGUAUUGUGACAUACGAUCAGCUUGUUGAGUUUUUCUAUCGAACGCAUGAUCCUACGACAGUCAAUCGUCAAGGCGCCGACACUGGGUCUCAAUAUCGUUCUGCCAUCUUCACGCACUCUGAUGAACAAGCUGCUGUCGCAAAGCGCGUCACGGAAGAAGUUCAGGCUAAGCAUUUCACGCCAAAAGGCCAGAAAAUUGUGACGGAAAUUGUCCCAGCAGGACCAUGGUGGAAUGCCGAAGACUACCAUCAGCUGUAUCUUUUCAAGAACCCAAGUGGAUACCAAUGUCCAACUCACCGCCUCCAUUGGUAG